CAGCAGCAAUGGGAGGCCCGUAAUCUGCCAGCACCCUAUGACAAAAUGGAACACACCAGCAGUGUGAGGGAGACCUGAAAGUGGCACAUGCAGCAGAGUGUGGCGAUGGAGACAGCAGCAAUGGGAGGCCGUACAGGGACCCAUGACACACCUCUGGACCUGGCAGCAGAUGAGGACUCCAGCAGCAGUGUGAGGAGACCUGAAAGUGGCACAUGGCAGAGUGUGGCGAUGGAGACAGCAGCAAUGGGAGGCCGUACAGGGGACCCAUGAGACACUCUGGACCUGGCAGCAGCAUGA